GUAUGCCUGUACUUUCUCUAAUACCUUAUGUAGACUCGAGCCGUUUAUUUGGUUCCUUCCCUUUGACAAACCUAGCGGCCAAAAAUGAACUCACUAUCUGGCUGAACAGUGGGCCCGGAUGCAGCUCCCUCGAUAGUCUGCGACGAACCACCGGCCGUCCGACAUGUGGCAUCUGCGAGCAUCUCUCUACACCGAUCAGCCUGCUGCACAGGUCUUGCACCAAAGUCGCCAACAGGGAACAAUGUAUCCAACCAGUUUAGUGACUUCUGGCGUCGCUUUAUCGAUAACUUUAGCAUACAAGGCUACAAGGUAUACAUCACUAUCAUGGCUAGUGAUGAGGCAUCCUAAGGUUCAUUCUUAUAGGAGAACAGUAAAGUGGCCACUUAAGAAACAUUACCCGCAAUGGCAGUGUUCAACUACUUCUCUACCGUCUUUCAUCCAAACGGUGCUUGCAUAAAAAACGACAUGAAUUUUGCAGAGUGCUGAGUAUUUUAAUUCCCUAUAGGCCAAUAUCAUGGCCGCCCGCAGCUAGGUUUGUCAACCCAUGUUUCAAGAUCUAUCAUUUAACCGACUAUUGCCUCGUUGAUGGCAUGCGAUGGAUUUUCUCUCCCUCUCCAGGAGCAUGUCCGUGAUUCCCACUGCCACCCACUGCACGCUUGAAACCCUGCAAUCCCCUGCAGCUGAAAUUUCAAUUGGUUUGGUAACACAGUUUACUUAUACAAAUUCCCACCGUGUCG